UCCUUACCAAAUGAGGAGGAAAGGACGAUGCCAUCGAGGACCUGCAGCCAGGCACCCGUCGUGCCCCUGCAGUGUUAAACAGUCCCCGACCAGAGAGACGCUGACCUACGCCCAAGCCCAGAGGAUGGUGGAGAUCGAGAUCGAGGGGCGCCUGCACAGGAUCAGCAUCUUUGACCCCCUUGAGAUCAUCCUGGAAGAUGACCUCACUGCCCAGGAGAUGAGCGAGUGUAACAGUAACAAGGAGAACAGUGAGAGGCCGCCCGUCUGCCUAAGAACGAAGCGCCACAAAAACAACCGCGUGAAAAAGAAAAACGAGGCGCCCCCCAGCAGCCAUGGCGCUCCCGCCUCGGCCAGCACACUGCCCGAGCCCAAGGUGCGCAUCGUGGAGUACAGCCCGCCCUCGGCGCCCCGGCGGCCGCCCGUCUACUACAAGUUCAUCGAGAAGUCGGCUGAAGAGCUGGACAACGAGGUGGAGUACGACAUGGACGAGGAGGACUAUGCCUGGCUGGACAUCAUCAACGAGAAGCGCAAGGGCGACUGCGUGUCGGCUGUGUCCCAGCACAUGUUCGAGUUCCUGAUGGACCGCUUCGAGAAGGAGUCGUACUGCGAGAACCAGAAGCAGGGGGAACAGCAGUCGCUCAUCGACGAGGACGCCGUCUGCUGCAUCUGCAUGGACGGCGAGUGUCAGAACAGCAACGUCAUCCUCUUCUGCGACCUCUGCAACCUGGCUGUGCACCAGGAGUGCUAUGGGGUGCCCUACAUCCCCGAGGGCCAGUGGCUCUGCCGCCACUGCCUGCAGUCCCGCGCCCGGCCCGCCGACUGUGUGCUGUGCCCCAACAAGGGCGGUGCCUUCAAGAAGACCGACGACGACCGCUGGGGCCACGUGGUGUGCGCCCUGUGGAUCCCCGAGGUCGGCUUCGCCAACACGGUCUUCAUCGAGCCCAUCGACGGCGUGCGGAACAUCCCGCCCGCCCGCUGGAAGCUCACCUGCUACCUCUGCAAGCAGAAGGGCGUGGGGGCCUGCAUCCAGUGCCACAAAGCCAACUGCUACACGGCCUUCCACGUGACGUGCGCGCAGAAGGCCGGCCUCUACAUGAAGAUGGAGCCCGUGAAGGAGCUGAGCGGCGGCACCACCACCUUCUCCGUCAGGAAGACCGCCUACUGUGACGUCCACACCCCGCCGGGCUGCACGCGGAGGCCCCUGAACAUUUACGGGGACGGCGAGACCCGGAACGGCGUCUGCCGCAAAGAGGGCGCCGUCAAGGCGGUCCGCUCCACGUCCAAGGUCAGGAAGAAGGCCAAAAAGGCCAAGAAGACGCCGGCGGAGCCCUGCACGGUCCUGCCCACUGUGUGCGCCCCCUACAUCCCCCCUCAGAGAUUAAAUAAGAUCGCGAACCAGGUGGUCCUUCAGCGCAAGAAGCAGUUUGUGGAGCGGGCCCACAGCUACUGGCUGCUCAAGAGGCUGUCGAGGAACGGCGCGCCUCUGCUGCGGAGGCUCCAGUCCAGCCUGCAAUCCCAGCGCAGCAGCCAGCAGAGAGAAAACGACGAGGAGCUAAGAGCCGCCAAGGAGAAGCUCAAGUACUGGCAGCGGCUGAGGCAUGACCUGGAGCGAGCACGCCUGCUCAUCGAGCUCAUGCGCAAGCGCGAAAAGCUAAAGCGGGAACAGGUGAAGACGGAGCAGAUGGCCAUGGAGCUGCGGCUGACCCCGUUCACAGUACUGCUGCGCUCGGUGCUGAACCAGCUGCAGGAGAAAGACCCCGCGCGGAUAUUUGCGCAGCCCGUGAGUCUGAAGGAGGUACCAGAUUACUUGGAUCACAUCACGCACCCCAUGGACUUUGCCACGAUGAGGCAGCGGCUGGAGGCUCAAGGGUACAGCGCCCUCACCGAGUUUGAGGAGGAUUUCAAUCUCAUUGUAGAUAACUGCCUCAAGUACAAUGCCAAGGACACAGUGUUUUACCGAGCCGCAGUGAGGCUGCGCGAUCAGGGGGGCGCGGUUCUGCGGCAGACGCGGCGUCAUGUGGAGAGCGUUGGCUUUGAGGAGGCCACCGGCAUGCACCUGCCUGAGCGGCCCCCAGCGGCGCCCCCUCGGCCCUUCUCCUGGGAGGACGUGGACAGGUUGCUGAACCCGGCCAACCGUGCGCACAUGACCUUGGAGGACCAGCUAAGGGAACUGUUGGACAAGCUGGACCUGACCUGCUCAAUGAAGUCCAGCGGGUCAAGGAGUAAACGGGCAAAAUUGCUCAAAAAGGAAAUUGCCCUAUUGCGGAAUAAGCUGAGCCAGCAGCCCAGCCAGCCCCCGCGGCCCGUCGAGUCAGGUAUUGGCAGCUUCGAAGAGGACGGGGCUCCAUUGGAGCAGGAGGCGGGGGACGCAGGAGAUAAAUCUCCCCCUAAACUUGAACCAUCAGAUGCAUUACCUCUUCCUUCAAACUCGGAGACUAAUUCAGAACCACCAACCCUCAAACCAGUAGAACUGAACCCAGAGCAGAGUAAACUAUUCAAACGAGUCACUUUUGGUAAUGAGUCACAUAGCACUUGCUCACAGAGCGCCCUGGCGCAUGGACACCCUGCGGCGCCCUCUCCCGCCAGCGGAGGCGCUGUGCCGGCCGCCCCCGCGCUGGCGGAGCCUUCCAGCGAUGUGAACAGACGCACCUCUGUUCUCUUCUGCAAAUCGAAAAGUGUAAGCCCCCCAAAGUCUGCCAAGAACACUGAGACCCAGCCAACUUCUCCUCAGCUAGGGACCAAAACCUUUUUGUCUGUAGUCCUUCCGAGGUUGGAGACUCUUCUGCAGCCAAGGAAAAGGUCGCGGAGCACAUGUGGAGACUCCGAGGCGGAAGAGGAGUCCCCAGGAAAGCGCCUGGACACAGGUCUCACGAAUGGCUUUGGGGGUGCUCGGGAUGAGCAGGAGCUGGGUAGUGCUCCGGGGAGAAAGGCUACGCCCCGGCGUCGCUGUGCUUCUGAGUCUAGCAUCUCCUCCAGCAAUAGCCUGCUGUGUGAUACAAGUUUCAGUACGCCAAAGUGUGGCCGCGGCAAGCCGGCCCUGGUACGCAGACACACCCUGGAGGACCGCAGUGAACUCAUUUCCUGCAUUGAGAAUGGUAACUACGCCAAGGCAGCCCGCAUAGCCGCCGAAGUUGGUCAGAGCAGCAUGUGGAUCUCCACCGACGCAGCGGCCUCAGUGCUGGAGCCCCUGAAGGUGGUGUGGGCCAAGUGCAGCGGCUACCCCUCGUACCCUGCGCUGAUCAUCGACCCUAAGAUGCCCCGUGUGCCGGGUCACCAUAACGGCGUUACCAUUCCGGCCCCGCCGCUGGACGUGCUGAAAAUCGGCGAGCACAUGCAGACCAAGUCCGACGAGAAGCUCUUCCUGGUGCUGUUUUUCGACAACAAGAGAAGCUGGCAAUGGCUUCCCAAGUCCAAGAUGGUCCCGCUCGGGAUUGAUGAGACCAUUGACAAGCUGAAGAUGAUGGAGGGCAGGAACUCUAGCAUCCGGAAGGCCGUGCGCAUUGCCUUUGACCGCGCCAUGAACCACCUGAGCCGUGUCCAUGGGGAGCCCGUCAGUGACCUCAGCGACAUAGACUGA